AUAUGAUAAGUGUUUAGAUCCUUUUGUGUCUUGUAGGGUUAUUUAGUAGAUAACAAGAAUUUUGGCUGUUAUACAAAUAUGCUUGAUUUUAUGAAAAUAUAAGUAUUUCCAAUCAGCUACGGUAAAAUCGUCCCUGCCCUUUUAAGUGGCAGCGUGUGGAAUCUUCCAGAGAUAUGCAACUUUACUUUGGGUGUCCCAGUUGGACCUAUGCUAGCAAAACCAACUAAAGGGGUAUCUGAGAUUGUACAGAAGUUUCAGGAUACAGAAUACAUAAGUGAAUACAAGUAUGAUGGAGAACGUGCCCAGUCGAAAUGCUGAAAGAAACACUGGAAAGUACCCUGAUGUUGUUGUUGCAGUGUCGAGGUUAAAGAAGUCAUAUGUAACAUCAUUUGUUUUGGAUUGCGAAAUCGUUGCUUACGACUGUGAAAAACAGAAAAUUCUGCCGUUCCAGGUAAAUUAUUUCCGCACUGCAGUCCAGAUUUUAUUCUUGGUGCUCUUCAUGAUGGUUUCCUACCCACCUAUAGGAGUUGGGCUGACUCCAUAUUUGUUUUCGUCCCAGAAAUCUUCUCAAAUGUACUCAGCACUAGACCUCGUAAAAAUGUGAGCGUGAGUGAUAUCAAGGUUGAAGUCUGCAUAUUUUCUUUUGAUAUGUUGUAUAUUAAUGGCCGACCACUUAUUCAGGAACAACUGAAAGUUCGUAGAGAGGUAUAGCUUUUUUCUUUCUUCUCAAUUCAGUUUACAAUU